AUGAUGGAACAGGUCAUUUCCUUCGCCAAAGACUUCCUGGCUGGAGGCGUCACAGCCGCCAUCUCCAAAACGACCGUGGCCCCGAUUGAGCGGGUCAAGCUGCUACUGCAGGUGCAACAUGCCAGUAAGCAGAUCACGGUGGACAAGCAGUACAAGGGCAUUGUGGACUGCAUCUUGCGUAUCCCCAAGGAACAGGGUGUGCUGUCCUUUUGGAGGGGCAACCUGGCCAAUGUCAUCUACUACUUCCCUACGCAAGCCUUCAACUUUGCCUUCAAGGAUAAAUACAAACAGGUCUUCCUGGGGGGCGUGGACAAGCACACACAGUUCUGGAGGUAUUUUGCUGGCAACCUGGCCUCCGGUGGGGCAGCUGGAGCCACCUCCCUUUGCUUUGUCUACCCCCUGGAUUUCGCCAGAACCCGUCUGGCUGUUGACGUGGGGAAAUCUGACAUCGAGCGGCAGUUUAAAGGCCUGGGACACUGUCUGGUGAAGAUCAUAAAGUCUGACGGCAUCCGUGGCCUGUACCAGGGCUUCAACGUCUCCGUGCAGAGCAUCAUCCUCUACCGGGCUGCCUAUUUCGGCUUGUAUGACACGGCCAAAGGCAUGCUCCCUGACUCCAAGAAGACACACAUCGCAGUGAAUUGGACCAUUGCACAGAUAGUGACGGCUGUGGCAGGCUUGGCCUCCUACCCCUUCGACACCGUGCGGAGGCGGAUGAUGAUGCAGUCUGGGCUCAAAGAAGCUGAGAUCAUGUACAGGGGGACUGUCCACUGCUGGAGGAAGAUCUUCAAGGAUGAGGGAUGCAAAGCCUUCUACAAAGGCGCCUGGUCCAAUGUCCUCAGGGGCAUGGGCGGUGGCUUUGUGCUGGUCCUUUACGACGAGCUGAAGAAAUUCAUCUAG